CAACUCAAACAGACGAGCACUAAUGCGACGCCAUUGAGUUAUUAGCAGGUGUCCACGGUGGAGUUUUGUUUCUGUUUAUCGGUAUCGAACUUAAAAUAUUGUUCGGUUAGCAAUGUGUACAAAAAUGAGAACCUUUGAACCUUUGGCUAAAGGAGAACUGAAAACGCAGGGCUUUACAGUGAUGUCCACAAUGAAGAAUUCGGUGGUGGUGGGUCCUCCAGCUGCAGGGGCUUUCAGAGAGAGGCCAGCCAAACCCACAGCCUUCCGGAAGUUUUAUGAACGUGGAGACUUUCCAAUUGCACUGGAACAUGACUCCAAAGGCAACCGUAUUGCAUGGAAGGUGGAGAUUGAAAAACUGGACUACCAUCACUACCUCCCCCUGUUCUUUGAUGGACUGUGCGAGACGGUUCACCCUUACGAGUUCUUUGCUCGACAGGGCAUCCAUGACAUGCUGGAGCACGGCGGAAAUAAAGUCCUUCCUGUUAUUCCACAGCUCAUCAUCCCUAUCAAAAAUGCUCUGAACACAAGGAACAGACAGGUCAUCUGCACCACGCUGAAGGUUUUGCAGCAUCUGGUUGUUUCAGCAGAGAUGGUGGGUGAAGCACUGGUCCCGUACUACAGACAGAUUCUUCCCAUCCUCAACAUCUUCAAGAACAUGAACAAAAACUCAGGUGAUGGUAUUGACUAUAGCCAGCAAAAGAGGGAGAACAUUGGAGACCUGAUCCAGGAGACGCUGGAGGUAUUUGAACGCUACGGGGGUGAAGACGCCUUCAUCAACAUCAAAUACAUGGUGCCCACCUACGAGUCCUGCCUUCUCAACUGAAAAGACCAGAGAACUCUCUCACAAGCACACACACACUCACUCUUAUACAAAUAUGUAAACACAACCACCUUAUGUUACACUUCUUAUUUCUGACUUUAUUAAAGUCAUUAUGCAGAUGCAAUGA